GGUCUUCUAGUAUUCGAGUUUACCAUAUGGAUUGAGCGUUUUUCUUUAUUGAAUGAAAUUUGAAAAAAGAAUAAUUGCCAAAUUUAGUACAAUAUUCAACGCAUACUUGAGAAUAAUGGAUAUCGGCUUUAAAAAAUUGUCAAAAGAUCAAACUAUCAACCACAUUGUGAAUAUCUGGUCAGUCGAAGUUAUAUUUUACUUUUUGGAAUUCAUAUGUGUUUUUACGGAAUUCCAUGUGGACAUAAAAAAUAUAUGGGGGAGAAGCGCUCUAGAAUUGUUGUCCAAUAAAAGUGAACAUGGUGUUUGCAGUCCAAGGGAUAAAUUGGUGAUGAAGCUCCUUUUAAAAUAUGGAGCAGAUCCGUUACAACUUUGCCAGAGUGGAACAACAAUUAUCCAAAAAGUUGCAAAGUGUGAGGAUUCAAGUUUGUUCAAAACAUUCCUGCACUAUGUGAACAUAAAUUUUCCUUUGGACGUCUUGUUUCAAAGUACCGCACUUCAUCUGGCAGUCCAGAAAGGUUGUAAAGACGUCCUCAACUAUGUGUUGGGGAAAAAACCUGAUGUCAAUUCUAAAACCCUUCCUAUGUUAACACCUCUACACUUGGCAUCUUUGAGGGAUGAUGUAGAGGUAACUAGAAUCCUUAUAGAGCACGGAGCCAACUUAGAAGCAAGAGAUGUAGGUGGAGAAACUGCGUUGUUCCAUGCUGUGCGAUUUGGCAAGAUACAGCAAAUGAGGAAACUGAUUGAAUAUGGUGCCAAUGUAAAUUCCAGAAAUUACUCGAGUGAAACUUUACUUCAUGUUGUUUGUGCUUCUUGUUCGGAUCACAACCAUUUAGAGGUGUGUGGACUUUUGUUGAGUGCUGGAUCUGAUCCAAAUGCCGUAGACGAAAGGGGUAGAACUCCUUUGCAUUAUCUAGCAACUGGUUAUGAUGCCUUCAAUACUGUCAAGCUGGUAGAAUUAUUAUUGAAAUAUGGUGCUUGUUUGAAUGUUCAAGAUAAUGAUGGUGAUACUAAACUCCACCAUAUAGCUUAUUACCUCAUUCACCCUCCAGCUUUCAUAAUUUUUCUAAUGAAAAGAGGGGCAGAUCCCAAUGUACGUAACAAAAGUGGCCAAACUUUUAUGGGGAUUUUACAGAACCAUGGAGGAGUUGAGGCAUUCACAAUGUUGCAACACAUUCUCAUGAAUUAUACUGGCGGAAAAUUGCAAUUAAAAGAGCAGCAAUUAACUUCUAUUCUUUCGAAUAGACAAUUUGUUCUGUUCGAGGAGUCUUGUAUGAAGGAAUUGUUAGCCUUAAUUGGCACGAAAGUUGCUCCUCACCUGUCUUGUUCUCUUUUAUCUGUAUUGAUAGGAAGUGAGAGACAGAUUGCGAAAUUCUGCCGCAAUAAGGAAUUGAGAGUUUUGAUGUCUGGUUUCGAUACAACUCAGUUUCCUAUUUACGGCCAGAUGUUGAAUUAUAUGUACAAACUGGGUUUGAGAAGGUAUCAAGCAGAAGUUGUAGUUAUUGAACAUUUGAUGCAUAUUUUUAGAGGCACUUUGGAUCGUAGUUCUGUAGAAAUGAUCACAGAUUUCAUUUCAACCGAUGAUCUAUUAGAUACUUUGAAACCACCAAAACAAAUCGAAUGGAUAAAUGGUUAUUAUUGAAUCUUGAAAUUAUUAUGUGAUCAAAAUCUUGUUCCAAAUUCCUGUUACUGUUGAGUUAUACUUGUAAUAAUUAUU